AUGGGCCACUUACGACGCGUGCGUUUCACAAAUAAGCAGGCGGUGGCGCCGGGCGCCUACAACGGAAACGCGGCGAAUGUACAGGGCUUUGGAAAGAAAAGCCGGAACAGCGGUCGCGGAGGACAUAAUCAGAGACCGAAAACAAAUUAUGUCAAUGCAGACGAUGGGGCGGCAUUGAGCAGAAGUUUGAACGAAGAUCAAGUUAUACAAUUGCUGGGCGAUGGAAACUUCUCCGACAUCGAAGAUUUUGAGGACGACGACGACGAAAUCCAACCUAACACUUUCGAAAAUCUUCAGUUGGAUGAUCCAGAGCCUGAACCACAGCCGUCUGUAGCACCGGAGCCGGAACCGAUGCAAGAUACUCCUGGACCAUCACUACUAACUCCGCGCCCUCGAUCUUUACGGCCACCUUCUCGAAAGAGAGUUUGGAAGCAGAAAAUUUUGUAUCAUGUUGCCAAAGGCACGAAUUAA